AAAGUCUCUCGCUCACAUACUCUUUCGCACUUUCCCUCCACAUUGAUUUUCUUAAUCCUCUCCCUCCUCUUUUAAUUGAUUGACUCCGGUUUCCAUCUCCAUUCAUCUCACCUCAUCCGAACCGUUGUCCAUUCCCUCUCGUUCACUCAUUCUGCAUUAAACAGUGUGCUGUUGUCUCACUCUUCCUAAACAACAAAUUUUACCUACUUGCUCACCUUACAAAUAGCCUUUCACACACUCACACACUCACACCUUAUUAAACCAUGUCACAACAUGACUCCAUCACGACAACUGAACUCGAUAGGAUCAAUCAGUCUAGCAACCAAAGCACACAUCUUUCUCCUUACAACACAACGAGUAGACCCUCAUCUUUUCAGGAUAACAAUGCAAUUAACUCGGCUGAAGGAGCUGGGUCAUUUAGCAUCAAUUCAGAAAAGAAAGUCACUCUCCGCUCUGAGAGAUCUCUUCGUCGGACCCUUCCCCCAAACAACGACCCCAUCCUAGACUCUGUACAUGGUGGACGUCCACAACCACUCUCUGUCCUUGGAUGCCUCAAGGCAGUGCUCUUUGCGACCAAACUGAAUGUGCUUCUUGUCUUUGUACCUCUUGGUAUCAUUGCCGCGAAGCUUCACUGGUCAAAAGUAGCUAUUUUUAUCCUUAACUUCAUUGCCAUCAUUCCACUAGCAAAACUUCUCACCUACACAACAGAAGAAACCGCAUUACGGCUUGGUGAGAUCCCUGGUGCAAUUCUCAACGGUUUCUUCGCAAACGCUGUCGAGCUCAUCAUCGCCAUCAUUGCAUUAAAGGAAAAUGAGAUUGACGUUGUUCAAGCAGCUGUCCUCGGCUCUGUUCUUUCAAACUUAUUAUUGGUCCUCGGUCUCUGUUUUGUCUUUGGAGGCUACAAAUACGCGUCUCAAACUUUCAAUCAGACUGCUGCACAGACAUCAGCUUCACUUUUGUCUUUGUCUUGCUUGUCCUUGCUGAUCCCUGCUGCUUUCCAUGCGACUGCUACAGAGAUUGAUCAGACCUCCAACAUUCGAAACCUGUCCUAUGGUACUUCGAUUGUAUUGUUGGCAGUUUAUGUGCUAUACUUGGUCUUCCAGCUCAAGACCCACAAUCAUUUGUACUCGGUCACUUGUGAAGAAGAAGAAGAGCCUAUUCUUCCCUUGUGGUUGAGUGUCAUGCUCUUGAUCGUGAUCACGGUUUUGGUCGUUGUCUGCGCGGAUUACAUGAUGGGCUCGAUGGAUGGGCUGACAGCGCACCUCAGCCCAACAUUUAUUGGUUUGAUCCUUUUGCCUAUUGUUAGCAACGCUGCUGAACACUACACUGCCAUCUCAGUGGCGAUGAAAAACAAGAUGGACUUGGCUAUCGGUGUUGCUGUUGGGUCAUCUAUGCAGGUUGCACUAUUCAUCACACCGUUGUUAGUGAUCCUUGGUUGGAUUAUUGAUAGGCCCAUGACCCUGUUCUUUAACACUUUUGAGACCUGCGUCUUGUUCGUGUCUGUUCUAAUUGUUAACUAUCUGAUUCAAGAUGGAGAAUCUAACUGGCUAGAAGGUGCCAUGUUACUGAGCACAUAUCUUAUCGUGGCUGUCGCUGUUUACUUUUAUCCUGCUGCAGCAAUUGCCACUCCUCAGACUCCUCAUCGCUAA